AUGUUUGACGAUGCAUCCCGUUUUUUUGCUAGGUCGAAUUAUCAUAAGCCUGAUGUUUUAAGGCGUAUCGCGAAUGAUCUCUCGUUACUAUGCAAUAUGUAUCACCUUUCUUGUCGUGUUUCUCCGUGGGGUGGCACUCAACAGUUGAAGCUAUGUGUGUAUGGCGGUUUGCCUAUUUCGGUUAGGUGCUGCGUUGAAGCUGCUGAACAAACGAAGAAUGACGGCGGAAAAUCGAAGUUUGUUUUGCCUGUGCAAAUUUGGCUUACGCAACAGUUUCCUAUUGAUCCACCUUCAAUAUUUAUUCACUGCAAUGAACCUGGGUGCAAGGUGUUGAGCAACCAUAAGUACGUGGAUGUCACAGGGCGUUGUCACACACCGGAACUUGCUGGCUGGCGACCAACCUCUUCAUCACUUGUCUCCGUCAUCUCUGGGUUGAAGGAAUUGCUGGAAGAGGAAAAUAUUUCUCCUCUUUGUGUUGACCGAAAUUUUCUUAAUGUUCUGGCGCUAGAACAGCGGGCGUCUUUGGUGGCAAGUCAGGAUGUUGACGCUGAAUGUCUUAGCCAAACAGGAGGGGAGAACGCUCAAUGUGUCAUUUGCUUUGGCCCAAAGGACACGGUGCUGGUACCAUGUGGACACUACUGUUUGUGUGUUUCUUGUGCAUCAAAUUUAUCCCAGUGCCCAGUUUGUCGGGAGGUCACAAAGUUUCGCCAACGGGUGUACAACUAA